AUGAGGUCAUCGGAAAAUAGUAGUUCGUCACCGGGUGAAAGCCCACAAUUGGGUAAUCCUUGGGAUGCCCUUUUAAAAAAUUCAUUAACGCCUCAAGUUGUUGGAAGAAAUGAUAAAGCGAUACGUGAUUCAAACAAAAAUUCAUCAUCAAAUAAUAGAUCUGGAAGUUUUUCAUGGAAACAAUUAUCAUUUCGAAAACUUAGCCUAACCGAUAAAGAUGGAAUUCCUCCACUACAAAGAGUUUAUUGUUUUUAA